UGGUGUAUUUCUUAGUGAAGUUUCUACCACAUCGACUGUUCACACCUUUGUUUUAUUUUUUUUUUAUAAGGAAUACGUAAAGCGAGUAUCUUAACUAUGACUGUAUUUACGGUGUUUGGAGGGCACGGUAAGGUGGCCUUACUUUUUACAAGGUUUGCGAGAGAAGCAAAACACGUCGUAUACAAUGUAAUUCGUAAUCCUUCUCACAAAGAAGAUAUUGAAGAAUGGGGCGGCCGACCUAAAGUGCUUUCUUUGGAAGAAGCAUCCGCUAACGAGAUUGCUGGUCUAUUGAAGGAAACUCAAACAGAUGUAGUUAUAUUCUCUGCUGGUGCUGGCGGGAAAGGAGGUCCUGAAAGGACUAAAGCAGUAGAUUAUGAAGGUGCUGUCAAAGUUUAUGAUGCAAUGAAGAUUGCAGGUCUCCGACGAUUGAUUAUGGUGUCUGCAAUCGACAAUCGUGAUAUGAAUCAACCUCCUCCGAUUCACUAUACUGCGGCUGAUGUAAAAUGGAGUGAAGAAAUACAUAAUGCUAUCCCGACUUACUAUCAUUACAAAUUCCUUGCAGACCAAGAACUAAUAAGACGCUCCGACGAUAUUGACUGGACAAUUUUGCGUCCUUCAUUGCUUACGGACGAAAAGAGUUCUGGAAUGAUUGCGCUGGGUAAUAUAUCUGUAAAGCAGCCGAUCUCGAGAGAAACCGUUGCACGCGCGAUACUAGGCUUUGCUUCAAAUGCGGAAUCCCAGCACCUUGUCAUUGACAUGACAGAGGGUGAUGUACCUAUUACUACUGCCAUUCUUGCGUUUCUUGGUCGCAGGGAAUCCUCAUAUGACUAUCCACUUUAAUAAUGAAACCCAAAACGAUUGAUGUGUGUGCUAUUUAUGUUAAUAUUACAAAAUUCGUGGGCUUCGAAUAAAUCGAUGCAUUCUCAAAUGAUUAUCCAAACAUAGCCACUUAAAAACAUAUAAAUAUGAAUUUACUUAUCGCUGUCUAUCUCAGUAUUACUUUUUUUAAAAAAAUUUAAAAAAAAAA